UCAGACCGGCCAGCAGAACCCACACCGACAUCCUCAAGGUCAAACGUGCAGUGUGUCAAGGUCAUUUAAAAAGCCUUUGUCACACCUGCUGCUGGAAAACACCUGGCCGUGUCACCGGGGAAACCGGACUUUAAUGACGAGGGGUUCGGGUCUGAGUGACGUCAUCCCACCGCGCUGCUCUGUAAUGACGUUGACACGCCGCGGAGGGGCGUCCGAGAGGACGGAUACAGCAGUGUCCCACACGUGUGACGAGUCUGUGAACGCACCUCACGUCGGUCGCGAUUGUGCGGGCGAGUCGGAACCGGUGCUGACUGGAGGACGAAGCGCCCGCUUCCUCCUCCCUCGCGCGGCUGCAGGAGAGGCGUGUCGCCCGCCCGAUGACAGGUAGAUCCGCCGAACCUGGCACGCUUCAGCUCGGUUCUGGCCUCGCCAUCUUUCAACAGCGAACGUCCGCGACGGCGGCUGACGUCACGCCUAAUGGACCCUAAUCGGAUCGGAACCGAAGCCGCAGGCGGAAAAAAAAUCGGUGUCACCACACCAGCAAGGAUGGAAGGAAUGUGGGCCGCGAGGAGCGACGAUUCGACGUGAGACAGGCCGGUACCGGUCCUUCUGACUCGAACGUGGAGGUCUAGACCACGAGCCAAACAUGGACCCAGUAGUGGCAGCGGGUCCCAAAACCCGGAUGGAACCCAGAACCUCCGAGUGGAGCCUCACUGUCCUCUUGCUGGUCACCGUGAUGCUGUUUUGCAUGGCGACAUCCGGUUCGCCGGUUGGAGGUGGCCCGGAAUGGAACAGAACCGCAGGGUCUUUCUCCGCACCUUCACCUUCGUCACUUCCCCUCCCGCUCAGACCUCGUGCAGCCAACCCAGCGUCUGCUUACCGUGGUAACCGUGGCAGUCUAGCAGAGGAUUCUGGCGCUCAGGGGAUCCACCUGCUCCUUAGACCCCCGGACUUGCUGUCUCCCAGCCUGUCUCCGCGGCUACCCCCCCACAACCGACCGCCCCCCGCCCCCCUGUCGCCAUGGGAGCAGAGCAACUCCCUGGAGGAGGCGUGGGCUUCGGGAGACUACCUGGAGACGCUCUCCUUCGUGCUUCCCAAUGGCGAGGACCUGGCCCUGGCUACCCCUCUUCCCGGCCACCCCUACGACGACGACGACGACGACGACGACGCCGGUGGGGACUGGGCGCUCUCCUAUGAGGGCGUCUUACCUCGCCGUCCCACCCCGCCGCUUGACUCCCACGUUCUCUUUUCGCCCUCCACCACCGCUCCCGGCGUGCCCCCGCACACCCGCCACGCCCGCCCGGACGUCUUCCCCGCCUGGGACGACGACUACGACCCCGAGGACUUGGCGCCACUCCAGCCGACGGAGAUUCUGCUGCCGGACAUGAACAGUUUAGAAUACUAUACCAACCUUUUGGCAAAGGAGAGGGUGAAGGAGGGUUCUCGCCCCCCCUCUGGUGAGAAGCACGGGGUCCGCUUUUCUCAACCGUUUGUACCCCCAACAGUGAUCCACAACCAAAGCCAAGCUCGGCCUCCCGCCGUGAAGGGGGAGCAGAACUCUGAGGCAUCUCCGAGGUCUGCUCCCCCUCCGCGGAGGGAGCCCGAGCAUCCCCUCGCUGACCCCACCCCUUGGCUGUCCCUCUCACCCUCCCUCACGAGUGAUUUGGAGGCCCCAACAGUUGGUCCUUCUGAGCCAGAAGAAAAAGACCUCUUUGGCCCAAGCGAACCCCCACCCAGUUCCAACACGACCGGUCGGGUGCUUCAGCCUCCGCCGCUGGGACCCCCCACCAGUCUUGAAAGACCGUACACACCAGCAGAGGUCACUGACAAUCCGGGGAAGUCCGCCACCCACAGGACGGCCAUCAGCUUAACCAGAGCGCCUCCGGUGACCACGCCCAGGACGGCCCAGACCCCUCCCGGCAAACAGUACCUGUGCAACGUCAGCAAGCCCGAGUUGUACCUGGUCAGAGUAGGUGGUACCAGAGGCUCGGUAGCUGGGUUCAGUCAGGUCCGGGAUCUUUUGAGGAGAGAGUUUAACCGCUCUGUCGAGCUUCAGUUCUUGAGGACCCCGUCCAGUUUUGCCUUCCGUGUGGUAUCCGGACCGUCGAUCUACACAGCCAUAUCGGUCAUCAACGCCCUCCGCCGACUGUCGCGUCUCUCGGGCACGGUUCCUGCCGUGUCCGCCCUCUACACCGUACCUGACGUCAGGUACCGAGUCCACACGCUGCUGCUUUUUGUUCCCGCCCACGUCGACGUCAGAGUUUGCAACUUUAGCGAGCGUGUGGAGAGCGGCCUCCUGAUGGCGUACAGCGAAACUCGGCGCCGCUCUUUGGAGUCGGGCGCCGUCAGCGUGCAGCUGCUGAACAUCACACUCAACUCCGUGAGGAUGGCGGGCGAGCAGAAGCUUCCCGUCGACAUCGUGUUUGCGGUACGGGACGGGCGAGGCUACCUGCCGGGAUACGAGGUCAGCCGGCACCUGAGGAACCUCAGCCUGGUGGAGUUCAGUUUCUACGUCGGGUUUCCCGCCCUGCAGAUCGCUGAACCUUUUCACUAUCCUGAGCUGAACACCUCCCAUCACUUGAGAUCCACUUGGGUCCGCACGGUCUUGCUCGGCGUGCCAGACGAGAUCGUUUCCGAGCGAAGUUUUAAAGCUCGUGUGGAGCGACGCUUGGCCUCGCUGCUGGAGGAAGGACUGGGAGCGUCUGGCAGGAGGCGCUGGAGGAGAGCCACUGCCGCAGCCGACGGCAGUCUGCAGGUGGUGCGCGUGGCCAGAGUGUCCGGGCCGAAGCGCCCCCUGGAGGUAUUAUAUUUUGUGGAGGGUCCGGGAGGCACCCGGGUCCCGGCGGAGGAGACCGCAGAAACCCUGAACAGCUUGGACCUCCAGAGAGCUGCCAUCGUCCUGGGACACCAGGUCCAGCGACCGAUGGCCCGACCGGUGGAGACCGUGUCCGUCCCGCCAUCUGAGACCCAAAGCAGUAGCAUUUGGCUCAUUGUUGGCGUGAUUGUGCCAGUCUUGCUGGCCCUCUUCAUCAUCAUCCUCCUCUACUGGAAGCUGUGUGGCUCUGAGAAAUUGGAGUUUCAACCAGAUGCCAUCAACACCAUCCAGCAGAGACAGAAGCUGCAGGCCUCCAGUGUGAAAGGCUUCGACUUUGCCAAACUUCACCUGGGCCAGCACAGUAAAGACGACAUCGUGGUGAUUCAGGAAGCGGGACCGCCGCCGGCGUCCGCAAAAGAGGUGACGCCCUCUGAAGGGGGGGGCCUCAACACCCCCAAAUCCAAAGGCUCGUCCACCAAAACUGGCAGAACAGCGCGGCGUCGUGGCAGGGCCAGCCAAUCAGACGCCGACUCGUCGGGUAGCGACCAAUCGAGCGGCAGAGAGUCGGCGGAGGAGAGCGCUCGACCUGCAGCCGCUCCCGUGGAGGCCAAGCAACAGAAGAAGCCGCCCAAAAAUGCGGCAUCGGUCGGAGAUGAGCUGAUGUCGUCGUCUUCCAUCUUUGACCACGUCGACCGUCUUUCCCGCGGCUCGUCGGACGGCGUGCGGCGGCAGGCCGGCAAAGUUCAGCUCAUCGCCAUGCAGCCGCGGGCCAGCACGCCGGCGCAGCCCAGCCCGUCGCUCUCGCAGAAAGUCAGCACUGAGGUGGCACUGCGACACAAGUCUGAGAUGGAGCAGCGGAGGAACAAACUCCGGCAGCGCGCCAAGAGGCGAGGGCAGUGCGAGUUCCCGUCCAUGGACGAUAUCAUGGACGCCUUUGGAGACGGGCCGGUCCAGACCGAAGUGGCCCGGCGUCUCUACGGCUCGGCCCACGACCACACGGACUACGCCGACUGCAUCCUGCGGGCCGACACCCCGUCCCCGCCGACGCCCGCCGACGAGCGGCGGAGAGGGAGGCACUCUCCCCGGGUGCGGCGGGCUCCGCCGGGACCUGGUAGUCUUCCAGAUACGGACCAGGAUCGUCUGCUGAUGGACCAGGCCGCCACUUAUAGAAAGUACCCGGGCCUCAACAACGUGGCCUACAUGUCGGACCCGGACCUGCCUCCGGACCACAGGAGCCCGUCCCCCACCGACGAGGUGUUUGACGCCGCCCUCGCCCCGCCCCCGUACGCGCCGCCCCAGCCCUCCAUCGAGGAAGCCCGGCAGCAGAUGCACUCGCUCCUGGACGACGCCUUCGCUCUAGUGUCCCCGACCUCGCAAGGCCUGAGUCCCGCCCUCCCCGGACCCCUCGGGAGGCAGUGGGGGUCCUACCCGGCGGGGCCCUCCCACAGCCCCCUCUCGGCCAGAUAUGCCGAGCUGGGGGUUUCUCCGAUCUCUGGCCUGGGAGCUCAAGGUCAUCUGCAGAGACAGAGCUCUGGAGGCUUCGUUUCCAGUGGCGAGCAGCUGCAAGAUCACCUGUACUCCGGCAGGGGGCAGUACAAACAGUUGCCCUCCUCCUCCAGACCCCGACCUGUAGGAGGCAGCACAGCAGGUUUGCAGCUCCAGCACCUGACCCAGGUGGGUCUCUCCAGCCAGAUCGGGGCGUACCCGGCGGUGGGUCGCAGCGCCUCGGGCCCGACCGGCUCCCGCUGGAACGAGCGGCACUCGGACCGGGACCUGUCCGGACCCGUGUCCAGCAGAGAGACCGCGGCGUCAUUCGCCGAGUUCUCGUCCGCGUCGGUUUUCCAAUUGCCAAGCUCUUCGCUUCGGGACGCGUCCCCGCCGCCUCUUCUCCUGACCUCCCCGACUCCCGAGUACCUGCCCGAGGACGCCUCGCCGUCCGCCCAUAGCUCGGCCUCCCUGAUCAAGGCUAUCAGAGAGGAGCUUCGUCGCCUGGCCCAGAAACAGGCCGUGACCAGCUACCCCUAGAGUGGUCCGCAUCCGGAUCCCGACUCGACUGACUGGGACAGCCCCGCUUUGGACUCCACCCUAACCCGACCCCCGAACCAUCGAAGUGACCUCCGGAUAUUUACAGGGUUCCAUUUGUCCACCCGUCAUCCUCGGUGUCCACUUGGACUGUGGUUGGUUGGCAAUGAAAUCUUUUAGAGGGGCAAAGGAAUACAGACCCUUGGGGUUGGAUCUCAUCUUCCCGAAGAUCUUGAGAGUCUUCCCACAAAUGCGUCUCUCCCUACUGGUUGUCAAGUGCGGACGUCCCUCCCUCGACAUAAAGUCAUCGUGAAUUUCUUGAGCAAAGCGCGCGGCCCGGAUGGUCCCGGCGGACCUUCCGAGCCGGAUCGCGAUGCACAUCUAGACCUUCUGUGGUGCUAAGUGUCGGUCUGUCAUCAAUGAGCACACAUUUGCCUUCCACGCUCCCGUCAGCCAGGGAGACCAUGUGUCCGUCUUAAAACCGUCAGUGAGGCCUUUGGACUGGAGGUGCUUUCCAGUUCUCAACAGUAUUCAAAUGUUCUCGUGUGUAAAGAAAUCCUAAUGAGCACAAUAUUAAUGUAGGGCUUGCUAUUGAGAUGUUGAUUCUACUAGCUUAGAAUUCUAUUUUAUUUAUCAGCUGGGAUCAAGUCACACGUGUGCAAGUCCAAUGUUUUGUCUUGGGAAAGUCAAGUCACGGGUUGUCUGAAGUGCAAUAUCUGCUCUUCAAAAAGUAAGGGUCAAUCAUAUUGAGGCCAAUUUAUCAAAACUUGUAUGUAUCAUGUCUGAAGUCAAGUCCAAGUGGAGUUUGAAGUCUUUGCUUUUGUCAAGUCAAAAGCGAUCAAAGCGGCGACUUGCGUCGUCCGGAGUCCGAGUGGCAGUGACUCCAGUCCCAUCUCUGCUAUAUAAACAUCGAGAUAAAUGUAUUCGCGAAAGAAAAAAGAUGAGCGCUGUAAGGUCGUAGUUGUGCUGUAGAUUUUGUCUGCCGUAUAAAUGUUAGCUAGCUGCACGCCGCUGUCUUGAAAAGAAAAGAAUUGCUCGCUUCCGUGUCACGGCGGUGACGGCUCAGUGGAGGGAAACCAGUCCAGUCCGCACGACAGCCCGACGAACCGCCUCCGGUUCCAAACAACAUCACAAAUUGUUGAAACGACAGGCACAAGAAACGCAAUUGCGGCGGCGUGGGAAUAGCGACUGGUUCUCUCCGCUGAUUGGUUGAUCGUCGCUCCGAUGUUGCGAUGACAUCAUGAUUUCUCCGAGCCAAUAGUUGUCUGCCUCGGCGAUGUUUCUGCAUGUCUCUCAUUGUUUGAGGCUUUUGGUCUAUGUUAGCAUGCUGCUAAUGUUAGCAUGUCGCUUGGAGCACCGAAUAGGAAAUCAUGUCAGACUUUGAGGGUAUUUUUUGAUGGAAAAGAAAAAAAAAAAAGCUUAGUGUACAUUUGAUGUUGAAGAGAAAACAAUAUAUACUGUAUAUACAAACUAUCUAAGACCCGCCCUAAGACACUCUCUGAUUGGACUGUUCAGCUGCCAGUCAAGCUGUGGGGCCUGUCGAUCACAUGGUGCUACAAUUGAUUAAACUGUUGACGUUGUUUGAGGAGCAGAAGACAAGUUGCUUUAUUUUCUUUCGCACCUCAUCACAAAUUUUCAGGGCCUGAAGAUUGUUGGAACACAUCCAAAGCAUUCUCUAGAUGUAUUCUAAUGCUCAUUGUUCCCCCAUAAAUCUCAACAAUUGAAAUGCUGUGCUUUACAUUUCUUUUAAAAUGUACUCCACUCCAGAAUUUGCCUUUUUAAAAUAAAUAUUUCUUCACGUACCGUC